AUGGACCAGAAAAUAUUAUCAGUCCUUGAAGUUAAAGAAGCUAAGCUGGUAUGCUGUAGUGCAAGAGGCCAUGAGUCUGCCUUCCAGCAUACCUCAGUGGAUGGAUACACUGAACCACACGUCCAGCCUAUCAAGUCGAGUAGCAGACAAAACAUCCCCCGAUGUAGGAAUUCCAUUACAUCUACCAAUGAAGAGCAUCCUCACAUUGGCAAUUACCGCUUACUGAAAACAAUAGGAAAAGGAAAUUUUGCCAAAGUGAAACUGGCAAGGCAUGUGCUUACUGGAAGAGAGGUUGCUGUGAAAAUCAUAGAUAAAACCCAGCUAAAUCCUACUAGUCUGCAAAAGUUGUUUCGAGAAGUACGAAUAAUGAAGAUACUGAAUCAUCCCAAUAUUGUAAAAUUAUUUGAAGUUAUUGAAACUGAAAAGACCUUGUAUUUGGUAAUGGAAUAUGCCAGUGGGGGAGAAGUGUUUGACUACCUAGUUGCACAUGGAAGAAUGAAAGAAAAAGAAGCUCGUGCAAAAUUCAGGCAGAUUGUAUCUGCUGUGCAGUACUGUCAUCAGAAAUGCAUAGUUCAUCGUGAUCUCAAGGCAGAAAAUCUUCUACUUGAUGCAGACAUGAACAUUAAAAUUGCAGACUUUGGGUUUAGUAAUGAAUUUACAGUUGGUAAUAAACUGGACACGUUUUGUGGAAGCCCGCCUUACGCUGCUCCGGAGCUUUUCCAAGGAAAGAAAUACGAUGGUCCUGAGGUGGACGUGUGGAGCCUUGGGGUGAUUUUGUACACAUUAGUAAGCGGAUCGUUGCCCUUCGAUGGUCAGAAUUUAAAGGAACUGAGGGAGCGAGUACUGAGGGGGAAGUACCGCAUUCCAUUCUAUAUGUCCACAGACUGUGAAAAUCUACUUAAGAAGCUACUAGUACUGAAUCCAAUAAAGCGAGGCAGCUUGGAACAAAUUAUGAAGGAUCGGUGGAUGAACGUUGGCCAUGAAGAAGAAGAACUAAAGCCAUACACUGAGCCUGAACCAGAUUUUAAUGACACCAAGAGAAUAGACAUCAUGGUCACAAUGGGCUUUUCAAGAGAAGAAAUCCAUGAAUCCUUAGUAAACCAAAAGUACGAUGAAGUCAUGGCUACUUAUCUGCUUCUAGGUAGAAAACCACCUGAAUUUGAAGGAGGUGAGUCCUUGUCCAGCAGCAACUUGGGUCAAAGGUCUCGUCCUAGCAGUGACCUCAACAACAGUUCCGUGCAGUCUCCCGCUCACCUGAAGGUCCAACGGAGUAUCUCAACGAAUCAGAAACAACGGCGGUUCAGUGAUCAUGUUGGUCCCUCAAUUCCUCCUGCUGUGUCAUACACGAAAAGGGCUCAGGCAAACAGCGUGGAAAGCGAACAGAAAGAAGACUGGGACAAGGAUGUCUCACGCAAACUUAGCAGCACUACAGUGGGGUCCAAAGGGGAGAUGGCUGCAAGUCCACUUGUGGGUCCAGAAAGGAAGAAAUCAAGUGCAGUUACCAGUAAUAAUGUAUUUUCUGGCAGUGGAAUGACAAGGAGGAACACUUAUGUUUGUGAACGUUCUUCAGAUCGCUAUUCUGCAAUACAGAAUGGGAAGGACAACAGCCUAACAGAAAUGUCUGCAAGUAGCACAUCUUCUGCAGGCUCUGCAGUAGCUUCUGCUGUGUCAACACGGCCUCGACAUCAAAAGUCCAUGUCUGCCUCUGGUCAUCCUAUAAAAGUUACACUGCCAACCAUCAAAGAUGGCACUGAAGCUUACCGACCAAGCAGUGCAACUCAAAGAGUGCCUGCUGCUUCCCCAUCUGCUCAUAGUAUUAGCACUACCACUCCAGACCGAACCCGCUUUCCUCGGGGGAGUUCAAGUCGAAGCACUUUCCAUGGUGAGCAGCUAAGGGAGCGGCGUAAUGCCACUUACAAUGGACCGCCCGCCUCACCAUCACACGAAACCGGUGCUUUUGCACACGCUAGAAGAGGGACAUCAACUGGUAUAAUAAGCAAGAUAACUUCCAAGUUUGUUCGCAGGGAUCCAAGUGAAGGCGAAGCCAGUGGCAGAACUGACACCUCAAGGAGCACUUCUGGGGAGCCAAAGGACAGAGAGAAGGAGGAUAGCAAAGAUUCAAAGCCACGCUCUUUGCGGUUCACGUGGAGUAUGAAGACCACUAGUUCUAUGGACCCAAACGAUAUGAUGAGAGAGAUUCGCAAAGUGUUAGAUGCUAAUAACUGUGAUUAUGAACAAAAAGAGAGGUUUUUGCUCUUCUGUGUUCACGGUGAUGCACGACAAGAUAGCCUUGUCCAGUGGGAGAUGGAAGUCUGCAAACUGCCACGGUUGUCGCUCAACGGGGUUCGCUUCAAGAGAAUAUCUGGGACUUCUAUCGCGUUUAAGAACAUUGCCUCCAAGAUAGCAAACGAGCUUAAGCUGUAAAGAGAACCUAAU